UGGCGAGUGUCGGACGCUAGCGGACCUUGCGUCGCGUCUGUGAAUGUUUUCGUUCGUAUCCAUACAUGAAGUGAAACUUUCAAUUUUGUAUCUGUGAGAUGUGACUAUACCCCUUUAAUAGCUUGUUGUGAUUCAUUAACUUUGAUGGAUGUGACAGUUUGAUUUCUUAGAAAUUUUCAGUGAGGUUUAUGUUUUGUGGAUUGCGUUUUCUCAGUGUGAUGUGCGCACGAGUGUAAGAUGGCGAGGGGGGGGAUUCUUCUCCUCUUCUUGGUGGUCUCCGCCGCGGACGGCAAGCAUGAUUUAUCUAACGCCACAGACGAGCACACUACUGCGAUCCCAACACCACCUAUACCUCUUCGACCAGAAUAUGCUCAUCCAGCCGGCGUCGAAGCUCUUGAUCCAUACAACUCAGAGAAGAAUCGACCACCACCACACCACAGAGACUAUUUAGAAGAAGAUUACGACCACGAAUCUCACAAAGAAGACGACCAUGAUAACAGAGAUGAGACAGAUGAACUGCCAUCCCUUUCUGGAGAUCAUCUUCUGCAAAGUUCGACAGAUGAUCUCCCAAUGUUCUUGUUAGAACCUCAAAACGGAUUUGUCGUUAGAAAUAAACCGACCACAUUGAGGUGCCGCGCCGCAAAUGCUUUGCAAGUGUAUUUUAAGUGCAAUGAUAUGAAGUCGGAAGCCAGUACGCAGUUUGAGUUUGUUGACCCACAGAGUGGUGUUAGAAUUGUUGAAGCAGAGUACAAUGUAACUAGGGAUCAGUUGGAAGAUUAUUUCGGUGACAGGUUUACGUGUACGUGUUUCGCUUGGAGUAGCAGAGGGAAUAUCAAGAGUCAGCCGGCUGUGCUUGAAUUGGCAUAUCUGAAGAAACAAUUCGUGGUGUCGCCAACUCCAAACUCGGUGGAAGUGGGUUCGGCGGCGUCCCUCCGCUGCUCACCCCCCUCCGCGGCCCCACCCCCGCGGGUGUCCUGGCUAAAGCACGGGGCCCCGUUACAACAAGACCACAAUGUGCUCAUAUCUGCUGAAGGAAACCUGCUUAUUACAAGAGCUUCUUUACAAGAUAUGGCGAACUACAGCUGCGUCGCUGAAAACAUAGCGGGGAAGCGGGUUUCUGAACCGGCGCUCCUGACUGUUUAUGUGAAUGGCGGUUGGAGCUCAUGGAGUUCUUGGACCCAAUGCCGGUGCAACGGACGGGCUACGGAAGGCCAGAGGCGCACCAGGACGUGCACGGAGCCCUACCCCCUCAACGGAGGCGCCCAGUGCCAAGGGCCUUCAGUGCAGAGGACGUCUAGCUGUUUACCGUGUCAGAGUGCCCUACCCGGCCGCUGGGGGACCUGGACCGAGUGGUCGGUCUGCGGGGCCGAUUGCAGGCAGAGCAGACGUCGCACCUGCAACGGAGACACGCCCUGCUCCGGACAACACGUCCAGUACGCGGAGUGCGUUGGAGACUACUGCGGAGUGCACGGCGUAGCGGCCUAUAAUGACGUGCCUCUUUACAUCGGCAUUGCUGUAGCCGUCGUGGUAUUCCUGGCUGGAGCAGCCGUGGUCUACAAGCUGCUGCAGAGGAAGACCAGGGAUCAUUCUCUGUACACCAUGACCAGGACUGAUUUCCAACCAGAAAUGUACCCAACGGUGGAGAAGCAGUCGCUGUCGUUGGCUCCUGAUCUGAUGCAGCACCGACCUCCAAGAUACGAACAUCCGCAGCCUGACACCAGAGCUGAGCACCAUUACGAUGUUCCACAUCUCACCAACAGUUACGCAUCUCCAGUGGACCAUCAGAUCACGCCAUGCGCCUCCAGUAAGGGGCAGAGUGAUGACUAUGACAGCAAGCCUUACAGCGAAUCUGAACAUUCCGUGUCUAGCUGCUUUACUAGUUCGGGGUCAAUGUACGAUGCAGCCAACGAAUCAGUAACUCUUCAGUUAGCCGAAUUAGUCUCCAACUCCCCUACCUCGCAGUCUCUAUCUGUGUCUGCUGGUGGAGCGAGGUUGGCUUUACCUGCUGCUGGAGUGGCUCUGUCUGUCCCCGAGGGAGCCCUUAGUAGGGGGCGGAGGGAACAAAUGUAUGUGGCAGUGGUGAAAGAUGACAGAUACCGACCGCGACUUGGUAAAGGUAUCACGCAACUGAGUCCAGUAGUUAAAUGCGGCCCUCCUCGUCUCCAAUUAAAUAAAUCCGUCAUACUGCAGAUACCACACUGCGCAAGCCUCAAGCACGGCUUCUGGAAUCUCUCCUUGUACGCCAUUGAUCACAACAAUGCGAAAUCUGAUAACACCCAGCCACAGUGGAGAAAGGUUGUCGGACUCGGACAAGAAACUAUCAAUACACCCGUGUUCACACAACUCGACAACGAUAAGAUUUAUUUAGUUACCGACAUGCUGUCGACCUUUGUACUAGUGGGUGAGAGCUUCAACGGGAAGGCGGUCAAAGGCCUGCAAUUAGCCAUAUACGCCCCGGCGUCAAUAAACGAAACAUCCACAGAAUACAAUAUUAGGCUUUAUAUCUUCGAAGACACGCCGUGCGCUCCUUACUACUGCCAGGAACAAGAGAAAAAACUCGGUGGAGUCCUACUAGAGAGAACCAAGACUUUGUUAUUCCAAGAUGGUGGCUCCAAUUUGUGUUUGAAUCUAGAACACGUCAGUCCCGGCUGGAAAGCUAAACCGGGAAUAGGUUACCAAGAGAUCCCAUUCAAUCAUGUUUGGAGCUCCAACUAUAACGCGCUACAUUGCAGCUUCGUUCUUGAGAGGACCCACGACUGCGACAAUGUUGACUUCAGCAUCUCCGCGUGUCAGAGGACCAAUCCAUCCUACAAACAGACAUUCCGAAUAUCCCUCGAGGAUAUGCGAAGUCGGUCGCCCCGAGGCCGUUCACCCCGCGCGGAAUCUCAACACAGUUUCAAUAUAACCGAAAACCUUUUGGAGGCUCGGAUGUGCCGAAGCGAGGAGGGAAGCGAUAGUGGCAAGCGGAACGUAACCGUGAGCGAGGCGGGAGUCAACGAAUGUGCAGGCGAGGGCCCAUUUAAAUUAAGUGCACGAAUAAAACGGCAGCUAUGCGCUAUAUUGGAUCCGCCGAACGCCCGCGGUAACGACUGGCGCGCGCUGGCGUCUCGCCUCGGCGUGGAUCGGUACACGACUUGGUUUGCCACGAAAAGUUCACCCACAGAGGCUAUAUUGGAGCUGUGGGAAUGCAGAGAGCGGGGUCCCGGCGCCACCGCAGGCCUAGCCGCCGCGUUGCGUCAAAUGGACCGCCACGACGCCGCUGACUUACUACAAGGGCGGCCAUCUUGGUUAUGAAUCAUCGACAAGUCAGAUCUUGAUUUUAAUUAACGAUUCUCGCGUCGACUGUACUCGCUGGAGAGUCGGGACAUGUGAAAGCAUAGACCUUUAAAUUAUAUAUGGACGAUUUGUUGGUACACUAGUAGUAUAAAUGUUACGUUAGAGAAAGUAUAAUUUCGUAGGCCUAUGGUCUAAGUUUAUAACAUGGUCGUAGUAUAUUUUGUAUAGAUUAUCUAUGCUGUAGAUAAGCGAUGGGGAAUAAAUUAUAUUAUAUUAGCAAUAAUAGUGCCUAUGACGUCUUAAAAAGAAACUGCCAACCGGAAGUUGGUAACGGUUGAUUAUUUUUGUUAAUUUAUAUAAGUGUUGGGGUGUUCACAAUAUUAUGGAUUUAUCGCUUAGUUUCGUAUUCUUUGGCUGGUUAUUUUGAUGCUUUGUUUGUAUUACUUACCUGUGUGCCAAAUCUCUGAUGCCACUACGAUUUUUGGCAAUAAUUUUCGAAAAUGUUAUACUUUAAAGUUUUUAUAGCAUAAUUCUUUUAAGUAUGAUGUUCAAAUUGAAACUAUUCGAUGAAAAAUCUAAUUUGAUGAUGGUCUGAAAUCUUUCUAUGAAUUUGUAAUACAUUUCAAAUUGAAAUUUCUGAAUACCUAAAGACUGAAAAAGUAAAUCGCUUUUGGGACAUUUCAGAAAUCAUUUAUUACUCACGUCAUCAUAAUUAUUUGUGUGCCAAAUAAUAAUAAAAAAACAUCCAUUGAGUGAUUUCGAAUGUACGUUCUUAGAAACAUUAUUCCACCAUUUUAUUUUACAUUUGUAAAAUAAUUUUGUUAAUUUCAAAACCACUCUGAUCUUUUUUUAAUCAAAACAUGAUGAAUAUUUGUGUCGCCUUCUAGAACUUCUUCUUUGAUAAUCAAAAUAUGAUAAAUUAUUGGGUAACUUCAAAAAUUUCUACUCGGUAACUGAAUUGUUUCAUCAAUUACUUCAAAUUUGAACGUCAUACUUAUUCAAUUUAUCCGAGCUUAGUACUGUUACAACUAAAUUAGGCACGCCUUUUAGAAGUUCUUAUACCGAAGGGGACAUUUCAAUUGUAACGAAGUAAUGACGGCACAUUAAUUGAAUACAAUGAAGUAGACAAAAAUCUUUUAAUAGAAUUCAAUUAUGAACUUGUUUCAUCCAUUGAGUCGUGAAAGUUACAAUUUACUCAUAAAGAGAUGGUAGGUAAUUUUGCGUGGCGGUGUAGAUGAAAUCUCAUCUUAUUGAACCCUUAUUUCUUUCCUUUCGUUUUCCAAUUUUUUUGGAAGGAUUUUGUUAAUAAGUCAGAAAAAUGUGUGUCGAACAUAUUUUCAUUUCCAGAUAUUUCACAAUGCCAUUAUAAUGCCAGUUGUUGAAAUGUCGUGAUGUUUCGAUAAAACAAGUGACUGAAAAAAAGCAUCCAUUAAUAAUCUAUUCACAAUUCACAGAAGCUAUACGCAAAAAUACCUUACCGUAAGUAUGAAAUAAAUUAGAAACUGCAUUUAUAACAAUUAAUAUAACUUUCACACGUAAAACUUGCAAAAAAUCUCUUUAGACUUAGCAGCGGUCGAUAAACUUUGUUACAUGCAGUCAAAUUGUUAGCAUAAUGGUAGUUGACAUGCCUACAUGUCAAAAAAUAUUCUCUCUCACUCUCACUUAGGAAAAAAAUGUGGAAUACAAUUACAUUUUUUUAUUUAUUUAAUCCAAUACACAAAGAAUGUUUAUCAAUUAGUCAACAAACAAUAAAUGACCGCUGACAAGUCUUUAAGUCAACGAGGCACACAAGCGUGUUACUACACACCACUUCGUAAUAUUUUUAAUUUGUAGCCGUACAACAGCCCUUUAAAAAAUUGUCCAUAACGAUUCAAGGUUGUUUUCUGAGUUCUGAUUACUCAAAUUAGCAGGAAGCUAAAGUUGAAACUACAUCUCAUUUUACACCUUGUCUUGUUUAACAUAGGCUUUAAAAGUAAAAAAGAACUCCGAUAAAAGCAAUUUCCCCAAUACCGUAUCAAUCAAAUAGUUUAGGAAUUCUGUUCAGUGGUAUUGUAUUUGCAAAGUCGUACUAAUAAGCUGUGACUUUACUGUCGUUGAUGAUUUUAGCGUUGUAUUGUAUCAUAUUGAAACUUAUUCCAAAAUAUACCUAAACUGCCUGCGUCUAUAUUCCCUGACAAAAAUUCCUAUUCUAUUUUCCGCGAAAGUAGAAAAAAUGGAAUAGGCAUGUAACAUCUCUCUCUACAUCGUUACUUACCAAGUGAGAUGGAAGACAAAUGCCUGAUCCAAUAUUGAAUAAAAAAAUAAAAAUAUUGCAGCGUUGUAAAGCGCUUGUGUGCACCGACCUUUAAUCCUUUGCAAGUUACAUCACUUCGCCUGUACAUACCUAUAAGAUGUAAAUAAGUAUAUUGCAGUUACUAUUAGCGGGACUAUUCCUGAUCUGUAAAUUAUAUACAUGCUGCCGUAGACUAUAUAUAUUUUUGUUAACGUGAUGACUAUUAAAAUAAAUGAA